CUCUAGCAUCGGUAGUUCUUACUAUCUCAGACUGAAAUGGUGUAUUUUGUUUUAAAGGAGCAAACAUUUUACGGGAUUCCGCUGGUAAUGUUAAAUUGGGAGAUUUUGGUGCCAGUAGAAGGUUGCAGACGAUCUGUCUGUCAGGGACAGGCAUGAAGUCGGUCACUGGCACACCGUACUGGAUGAGCCCAGAAGUGAUCAGUGGUGAAGGUUAUGGCAGAAAAGCAGAUAUCUGGAGUGUUGGUUGCACAGUUGUGGAGAUGCUCACUGAAAAGCCCCCUUGGGCUGAGUUUGAAGCCAUGGCAGCCAUCUUCAAGAUCGCCACUCAGCCGACGAAUCCUCAGCUGCCAUCUCAUGUGUCAGACCACAGUCGGGACUUUUUGAAAAAGAUAUUUGUGGAGGCAAAGCAGAGGCCAUCAGCAGAGGAACUGUUGCGCCACACUUUUGUGCACUAUCACUAGCAACUAACCUCAACAUCUGAUGCAUUUAUUUUCUAUCUGAUUGCACUUUUUCAAUGUAUAAUUUUGGUGAUUCUAGGUGUUUCCUAGGUUGUAAUUUAUACUUAAAUUUGUAUUUAUAAUGAGACUUUUUUGCAUUCUCAUAAAGGGAAUGAUCAGAAGGUUUUUUACAGUGUAUUCACACAGUACUCUGAUGUUCUUCAAGGUAAAGCACUUUAUUACAUAACCCAUUCCUGAUUAUUCAUCGUCUGAUGUAGUGUGACAGGUCCUACUCCCCAUUAGAAAUAUGAAUUUAUUUGCCAUUUGUAAGUAGCAGAGACUGAGCCUCUCUAAGUGUGUCGAACCUGCAGUAUAUUAUAAAAUAGACUGUUAUGCAAAUAAUUUCAGCAAUGGUAGCCUGAUGCAGAAUGUCUACCAGGGUGUUUUCAUAUAACCUAAAGCCAAGAAACCCAACAGGACUGCUCUUAGUAUUCUAUCACUGCAUAGAACUUUGAAUUCAUAGGGCAAAGUUACAGUUGGGCUGUGUAACCCAGAGUAGCCAUCAAUUCUUCCUCCUUCAACUUCCACAUAAGUCAGUAUAGUCAGUGGUCCAGACUGACAAGGGGAAUGUCACUGUUUUCAGAGUCUGGUCUCAAAAAGUACCUGGUGUUUCUCCCUCAUUUCUCACACUUGGGACCUGCCCUAGAAACGUUUGUCAGUUUUCUUUUCUCUGCUGUUACUUAACAGUCUCUACGGCCAUCUUUACACCUGCCGAAUGUGUUAUUGGCCUUCACUGUGAGGCCUAUGUGUAUGUUUGCUGUUGGAUCCUUUUGAAUGGGUACUUGGACAAAAAUAGAUAUUUGUCUGAGUAGCACACAUCAAGGUUGUCUGUGUCCAAGCAACGUGUCAAUCUCUGCAGCACUGUCUUAGGCCAAAACGGGUGCCACUAUAUGGACCGUGAUUUCACAUGCAGCUCAUGCUGAUGCCCUCAGCUUGGACCUGCACUCCAGGACAUUAUACUCCCAGCCAUGGCUCAUAGGGUGGCCCAGAACUUCCAAGUACUUCACGUUUAAGGCAUUAUCCGAGCUUAAUUAAUCUCAGGAAUAAACGGUGCUGAAACAUUAGCCACCAAAUUACACUUCCACUUUUUAUAGGUAUCAUUUGAUUAAUGUUUACAGAUCUUUCAUAUUGCUUUGUGGAUGGAAUCAAGGCCAUUUUGAAAUCUAGGUACUUCGUUUUGUUUUUUGGUAAUGAAUCAGUCCACCCCUUGGGAGAAAGUUCCUGAUCCAUGGCUGUUAUAAUACCCCUUCUGCCCAGGCUGCCUCUGUUAUCUGAGAUAGUAGGAACUGCAGAUGCUGGAAAAUCUGAGAUAACAAGGUAUAGAGCUGGAUGAACACA